GGAAGCUCAGACAGAAAGCUGCACGUCUUUGAGCUGUAGACUCACCUGAGCCCGAGACCCACUGCAUGCACAGGUGAGGGAGGAUGAGGAGGAGAGUGGAGCAGAGGGAGGACAGCGCAGAACUCAUCGCCAUGGAAACCCAGGCGGAGACGGACUACGGCAGCAUCGCCGCGGAUGCACCUGUUCAUCGUCCUGACAGGAACGUCUUCAGUGACGGGUUUAGUCGAGUUGAUUUUGUCUUGGUGUGGGAGGAGCCUCUGAGCUCACAGAGGGAGGAAAGCAGAGGUGUAAGCCCCGCCCACAAGGAGUGGAGAAAGGUGUUUCUGAACAAGCUGAGAGACUGCGGCCUGCUGCAGGAGCAGAAGGAGGUCAUUGAGGCGAAGACAAAGAUCACUUUUGUCCUCCUCAGUGCUCCAUGGAGUGUCCUCUGCUACUACGCUGAAGAGAUCAGCCUUAGAGUUCCUCUGCAGGUAUUCACCGCUCCGAUCACUAACUGGUCCGCGCAGAUCUUCUCCCGACUGUCCCUCCCUAACCUUCUGUCUCAGGAUGUCCCCAACCCCCCACCUGACUUCUACACCUGUCAGUUCAGGAAUAACAAGCUGCAGAGGUUUCUGGGCAGCAACAACAAAAACACCUUCUUCAAGACGUCUCAAAGACACCAGGUGCUGUACGAGAUCCUGGCCAGGACGGCGUACGGGUCGGUAAAGCGAGGGGAGGUGGGAAUCGAUCGACUGAUAACGGAGCAGGUCUUCACUGCAGCCUAUCCGCUGCACGAGGGAGGUUUCCGGCUGCCGACGCCCCCCGUCUCUCCCCAGUCGCUAGUUCUAAGGGAGAUCCUGUACUCCUACUGGGCCACGUGGUCCUCCUGGAGACACUACCAGCCUCUGGACCACAUCAGGGAGUACUUUGGGGAGAAGAUAGCGCUCUACUUCGCCUGGCUGGGUUUCUACACCGGCUGGCUGCUGCCGGCGUCGCUGGUCGGCACCGUGGUCUUCUUGUUCGGGUUCUGGCUCAUGGCCACUGACGUUCCGGCGAAGGAGUUGUGUGACAGCGGAAACAGCUUCACCAUGUGUCCUCUCUGUAACAUCUGCUCCCACUGGAACUACUCCAGCAUCUGUGUCACCUUCAAGGCUGGCAUCAUGUUUGAUAAUGGGGGGACGGUGUUCUUCAGCGUCUUCAUGUCUCUGUGGUCUGUCACCUUCCUGGAGUACUGGAAGAGGACCUGCUCGGUCCUGUCUCACCGCUGGGACUGCUCAGAGUUCCAGGACAUCGAGGAGAGACCUCGUCCGGAGUUCACUGCCAUGGCUCCGAUGACCAUGAGGAACUCCGUGACGGGAGCAGAGGAACCUUACUUCCCUCACACGAAGCGCCUCAACAGGACAAUGACUGGCUGCAUGGUCAUCAUCCUCAUGGUCAUCAUGGUGCUGAUGUUCCUCAUGGCCGUCAUCCUGUAUCGCACCAUAGUCACCGUCAUCAUCUACGAGUCCGGCAGCUUCUUAACGGGCUCUGCUGGGAGGGUAGCCAGUAUCUCAGGAUCCGUGUUGAACCUGUUGGUCAUCCUCAUGUUGUCCAAGGUUUACACUUCACUGGCUCGCCUACUCACCCGAUGGGAGAUGCAUCGGACUCAGUCGAAAUACGAAGACAUGUUCAUCCUCAAAGUUUUCGUCUUCCAGUUUGUGAACUUCUACUCGUCUCCGGUCUACAUCGCCUUCUUCAAAGGCAGGUUCAUCGGUUACCCGAGAAACUACAAAACUCUGUUUGGAGUUCGUAACGAAGACUGUGGAGCCGGAGGUUGUCUCAUUGAACUGGCCCAAGAGCUGCUGGUCAUCAUGGUGGGAAAGCAGCUGAUCAACAACGCCCAGGAGUUCAUCUGGCCGAAAUUGAGGUGCUGGUGGCAGAAGAGGAAGUCAAGUCAUUGGCCGAAACAAGCGAGGGAGAAGGGAGGAGAUGAGGAGAGAACAGAGGUCCAGGAGGAGGAGGUUUUUCCCUGGGAGACGGACUAUCAGCUGCUGGGCUGUGAAGGCCUCUUCAGUGAAUACCUGGAGAUGGUGAUCCAGUUUGGGUUCAUCACCAUCUUCGUGGCAGCCUGUCCUCUGGCGCCUCUCUUUGCGCUCAUCAACAACUGGGUGGAGAUCCGCCUGGACGCUCAGAAGUUUGUGACGGAGUAUCGGCGGCCAGUGGGCGAGCGGGCUCAGGACAUCGGCAUCUGGUUCCCAAUCCUGCAGGUCAUCGCCCACGUGGCCGUGCUCAGCAAUGCGUUCCUCAUUGCAUUUACAUCCUCCUUCCUGCCGCGUCUAUACUACGCCUACACCAGAGACCGCACACUUACCGGGUUCAUCAACUUCACCCUGGCAACGGCCCCACGCAACUACAACCAGCAACACACACCCUGCAGGUAUCAGGGUUUCAGGGAUGCAGACGGCGAUUACCUCCCGGAGUACUUCCAUCUUCUCGCCAUCCGACUGACGUUUGUCAUUGUGUUCGAGCACGUGGUCUUCUCCAUUGGCCGUCUGAUCGACUUGAUUGUGCCUGACGUCCCCGAGGAGGUGGAGCUGAAGAUGAAGAGGGAGCACUACAUGGCCAAACAGGCGCUGGCUGAGAACCAGUUUUUGGGGAAAACCAUGAUUCCCGGUGAGAAGGACGUCCCGUCCGGCCGUCCUAUAUCCAGACCCUCAUAGAGAGACUGUCCUUUACCAGAUCUGACGGUCAUUCCAGAGCAAACCAGCUCCACAGGCAGCUGCUGAAACACGUCCACAUUAUCUGAACCCAGCUUCCCAUUCCGAUCCAGCUCUUUGAUGGCUCUUCAACCUCUAGAUCUACAAGAGCCCUCGUAGAUAUCUGGAAGAACUACCAGACCCGCAUUGAAUUGCUGAGUCGAACCUGCCAGACAUCUGUAGAUCUCUAUUAGAUCUACAAGACUUCUGAUGGACCUGAAAAUUAUCUCUGAGAGCUUCUGUCCUAAUGGAGACCUUCAUGACUGAAAGAAAUCCUUAGAUGACAACAUCUAAUCCAGAUGAUCUGUAAAAGGACUCCGUAAUGCUGACCACUUCUUCAUCUCUUACUCUCUAUAACUAACAACCCCAUUGACUGACUGUAGCUGUUCGUCGCAUUCGCUCCCUCUCUCAGCUCUCCCUUCAACUGACUCCUUCUUUGGUUGUUACUGAUUGACUACUAAUCAUCAUUUGAGUGCAUGACGCCACUUACCGAGUGCAGCAGCAGGAAAUCUUUACUAGCUACCAACCCUGUUUCAUUUGAAUAAAUAAAUGAAUGUGUAAUAGUUUGUCCUCUAUCACUUGUCCUUUCUACUCUGAGCUUCUGCGUUUUGCUAUCGGCGCAUGUUAUCUAUUAUCUAAGUCUGUCUUCUAUGUCCAUUAAAAAGACAUCGUUAAGCUUUUAUAUUUCUACGAGUACGAGAGAAUUUGAAAUGAUGCAAAUGACAACUGUAUGUUUGUUUUAUUUUGUGCUUUUUACUUAGAUUCCAUUGGAUAUGAAAUAUUUAACAUUUUUACUUAAUGAACCAAAACACCUGCAAUGUAAAAUAUUGUAUUAAUGAAAUACAGGUAAUGAAAAUAAAUAUGACACAAAAUGUAAAUUCCUCCAAAGUA